AUGGGGUCUCUCCCCGCAGCAGCGAACUGGACGGACCGCGCCAGCACCGCGGGCGCGGACCCCGGGAACCUGAGCGCUGCGCUCGCGGCAGGGGUCGCCCCUGGGGUGGCUGAGCCUGAGUGGCUGCACCUGCUAGUCCAAGCAGGCAACCUCUCGGCCUCCGCCUCUGCUCUGGGACUGCCCGCGGCCUCCCCGGCGCCUUCGCAGCCCCGGGCCAAUCUCACCAACCAGUUCGUGCAGCCAUCCUGGCGCAUCGCGCUCUGGUCCCUAGCAUACGGCGUGGUGGUGGCGGUGGCGGUGUUCGGGAAUCUCAUUGUCAUCUGGAUCAUCCUGGCCCACAAACGAAUGAGGACCGUUACCAACUACUUCCUCGUGAACCUGGCUUUCUCCGACGCCUCUAUGGCUGCCUUCAACACCUUGGUCAACUUCAUCUAUGCGCUGCACAGCGAGUGGUACUUCGGCGCCAACUAUUGUCGCUUCCAGAACUUCUUUCCCAUCACAGCGGUGUUCGCCAGCAUCUACUCUAUGACGGCCAUCGCGGUGGACAGGUAUAUGGCCAUUAUUGAUCCCUUGAAACCCAGACUGUCUGCCACAGCAACCAAGAUCGUCAUUGGAAGUAUUUGGAUUCUAGCAUUUCUACUUGCCUUCCCUCAGUGUCUUUACUCCAAAAUUAAAGUCAUGCCAGGUCGAACUCUUUGCUACGUGCAAUGGCCAGAGGGUCCUAAACAACAUUUCACUUACCAUAUUACUGUCAUUAUACUGGUGUACUGUUUCCCACUGCUGGUCAUGGGCGUCACUUACACCAUUGUUGGAAUUACUCUUUGGGGAGGAGAGAUCCCAGGAGACACCUGUGACAAGUACCAUGAGCAACUAAAGGCUAAAAGAAAGGUUGUAAAAAUGAUGAUAAUUGUCGUGGUGACCUUUGCCAUCUGCUGGCUGCCUUAUCAUAUUUACUUCAUCCUCACAGCGAUCUAUCAACAACUGAAUAGAUGGAAAUACAUCCAGCAGGUCUACCUGGCUAGCUUUUGGCUGGCAAUGAGCUCAACCAUGUACAACCCCAUCAUCUACUGCUGUUUGAAUAAAAGAUUUCGAGCUGGCUUCAAGAGAGCAUUUCGCUGGUGUCCUUUCAUUGAAGUUUCUAGCUAUGAUGAGCUGGAACUCAAGACCACCAGGUUUCACCCGACUCGGCAAAGCAGCCUGUACACAGUAACCAGGAUGGAGUCCAUGACAGUGGUGUUUGAGCCCAGCGAUGGGGACAACACCAAAUCCAGUCGGAAGAAGAGAGCGACCCCAAGAGACCCAAGCUUCAGUGGCUGCCCCCGCAGGAAUUCCAAAUCUGCCUCCACUACUUCAAGCUUCAUAAAUUCACCCUAUACCUCCGUGGAUGAAUAUUCCUAA